AUGGAUAAGCCCAAGUUUAUGAUUGCGUUUAAACCUAAGACAAAUCCUAAGUUAAAGCUCAAGUUUAAGCCUAAGCCUAAGCUUAAGCCUAAGCCUAAGCCUAAGCCUAAUCCUAAGCCUAAGCCUAAGCCUAAGCCUAAGCCUAAGCCUAAGCCUAAGCUUAAGCCUAAGCCUAAGCCUAAGCCUAAGCCUAAGCCUAAGCCUAAGUCUAAGCCUAAGCCUAAGCCUAAGCCUAAGCCUAAGCCUAAGCCUAAGCCUAAGCCUAAGCCUAAGCCUAAACCUAAACCUAAGCCUAAGCCUAAGCCUAAGCCUAAGCCUAAGCCUAAGCCUAAGCCUAAGCCUAAGCCUAAACCUAAGCCUAAGCCUAAGCCUAAGCCAAAGCCUAAGCCUAAGCCUAAGCCUAAGCCUAAGCUUAAGCCUAAGCCUAAGCCUAAGCCUAUGCCUAAGCCUACGCCUAAGCCAGUGUUAUUUGUUAAAAUGUUAUUCUUUAUCACAGAAAACGUUACAAACCUCCAAAAUACACGAGAAAACAGUUAUUUGCAGUUGA